UACUGAAACCCACACCGCCAUUCAUUACAGCCACUCACCACUAACUCAACACCAACAACCCGCUGACACUGAACACACAACACAACACACCACCACAGAUAACACACCACCCACAAAACCACCAAAUAAACCAUAAAAUACGGCAAAAUAAACACUUCACAAGACCAAGACCAAGACACCUCCCAGACCCAGACCAAGACCCAGACCGGCCCAAACACACACACCACCACGCCGACCCACCUCUCAUCCCAGCCUUGUGACCUCACCUGACCGCGCGUGACCUCAAUGGCGACCCUGAUCGAGCUUCCAGGUGGGGACAGCGGCGUGGCGAGCAGCGAGGUCACGCCGGAGAGCCAAGAUGAGGCCAGGGUGUCGUCUGCUGACCUCACGCUGCCUCAGAUCCCCUCCGCUGACUCCGCUGACCUGGAUGAAGAUGAGGACCUGGAUGAGAGUCUGCUGGAGAGAGUGUGGGGGCUCACCGAGAUGUUCCCAGACCGCCUGCGAUCCACCUGCUCUUCCACCAUGUCCUCCUCACUCAGCCUCCUUAAAAGCACCUAUGAGCUGAGUCGCCAGGUGGUGUGGGUGGCAGUGAGUUCAUCGGUCAUCUUGUUUGCUCCAAUCAUGUUUGAGAUGGAGAGACUUAACGUGGAGGAGAUGAUGAAGCAAGACAGGAACAGGCUUGUAUUCGGCCCUGGUUCUGCGGUGUCUGGUCCACCCUCCACCCCCGGCCUCAUGCCCCCCCCUCCCCCUGCCCGCUAAAACACCACUGCCACCACCACCACCACUACUAUUAUCUAUUGUACUGAUGGUGUGAUGAAUGAUAAAAUGAUGAUGAUGAUGAUGAUAAUAAUGAUGAUGACAAUGAUAGUGAAUAUUAAUAAGUGUGUAUAUAUAUUAUUUGUUGUGUGUGUGUCUUUGUGUGGCAUUAUUAUUGUUGUUAUUACUAUUAUUAUUAUUAUCAUUGUUAUUAUCUGUCAUUUUGAUCUUAUCUUUCAUUAAAAUGUUUCAUGUAUCUGCCAUAUACUACUACUACUACUACUAUUACAAUUUCCAGUUUGAAUUAAGUAGGGAGGAGAGACAGACAGACAGACGGACAGAUAGUGAAUGUGCUUUGAAAUUCUGUAAGAUGAAUAAAACAUGUACUAGA